AUGGCACCCGCCCACCCUCUGCUUUGGAGCUCUCUUCGAGUCUUUCAAGUCUAUGGAGCCAACACUGAUGUUGGUAAAACUAUCAUAGCCACGCUUCUCUGCAGGGCUGCCAAUAGUAUAUGGAAAAAAGAGCAGACAUCGUACCUUAAGCCCGUUUCAACAGGCCCGGAAGAUGAAGCCGAUGAUCGCCACAUCGAAAGAUACGCCCCUGGGGUCCUUCGCAAAACAUUGCUGCAGUAUGAUCUGGCGAUGAGUCCGCAUGCUGCGGCAAAGGGUAAGUUAGUACCUUCGGAUAAAGAGCUCCUGUCUAGGAUAUAUCAAUUCGCAUCUCGGAGUGCAGCUCAACAACCCGGGUGGCUUUUCAUAGAAACUGCCGGCGGCGUUCACUCUCCUGGACCAACAGGCACUACGCAAGCGGACCUAUAUGCGGCAGUGCGAUGCCCCGUCAUACUUAUCGCCGACUCCAAACUCGGAGGAAUCUCUUUAACCAUCUCUGCUUUUGAAUCCUUAAAACUGCGCGGGUAUGACGUUGAGAGUAUCCUCGUGUUCCAGGACAGCGAAUAUGAUAAUGAGAAGUACUUAAAAGACUACUUCACAGCCUCUCAUGGUAUACCCGUUGCGUCGUUCCCAAAACCCCCUCCAAGGGCGCAGGAUGAAGAUGCAGACGCGAAGGCGAUGCUGCAGUAUUACAAGGAUGAAAGUCAAAGUACAGGUACUCGCAAUAUCCUGGAGCAUCUGAACCGCAAGCACCAAGCUCGUCUUGAGAGGCUCGAGUCAAUGCCCAGAGACGCAUAUAAACGAAUAUGGUGGCCCUUCACGCAACACACAUCUCUCUCACCCGACAAGAUUGUUGCUAUCGACAGUGCCCGAGGAGACUUCUUCCAGACUGUGGUACCAAAAGCAGAAAGGGCAACCAAUCAGCAUGUACCUGUUUUGCAGCCUUCAUUUGAUGGUUCUGCAUCAUGGUGGACUCAAGGACUCGGACACGGCAACCCCUCACUCACGAUGGCUGCAGCGUACGCAGCGGGCCGCUACGGUCAUGUCAUGUUUGCUGGGGCCAUUCACGAGCCCGCUCUAGCCCUAGCAGACACCCUCUUAUAUGGGAUGAGAAACCCUCGCCUUACUCGCGUGUUUUAUUCGGACAAUGGCAGCACAGGUGUAGAGGUUGCGGUAAAGAUGGGUCUACGGGCGGCUAGACUCCGGUACGGAUGGGAUGCGAGUACAGAUAUCGGAAUCAUUGGACUAAAGGGUGGGUAUCAUGGUGACACUAUGGGUGCUAUGGAUUGUGCCGAGCCGAGUACGUAUAACGAAAACAUCGAGUGGUAUAACGGAAGGGGUAUCUGGUUUGAUUACCCGAACGUCAAGUGUAGUCAUGGCCAAUGGAUCGUCGAAAUACCCAAUAAGUUGAAAGCAGACCUUGGCAGCAACAAGACUUUCGAUAGUCUAUCCGAUGUAUUUGAUAUCGACUCUCGAGAAUCAAACGAUGAACAACAAGCGUAUGAGAAGUAUAUCGAAAGAACACUAUCGUAUUACGUUAGCAAAGGCCGAAAAUUUGGUGCUUUACUUAUGGAGCCGGUGGUGAUCGGAGCAGGGGGUAUGGAGUUGGUGGACCCCCUUUUCCAGCGUGCCCUUGUCAACGUCGUCCGUCGCUCAGCAAAGCUCUUUGGUUCGUGCCCCGAACCGGAUCCUUCGGAUCCUACAUCUUGGACUGGCCUUCCCGUCAUAUUUGAUGAAGUCUUCACGGGGCUGUAUCGACUCGGCAGGUUUACUGCAUCGUCGUUUCUUAAAGCUGAGGCUGAUGUCUCUGUUCAUGCUAAGCUCUUAACUGGCGGCUUGGUACCACUUAGUACUACAUUGGCGUCCGAGAGCAUUUUCAAAGCCUUUGAGAGCGAUGAUAAAGCCGAUGCUCUGCUUCAUGGACAUAGUUACACAGCCCAUCCUAUCGGCUGCCAAGUUGCGGUAGAGUCGUUACGACAGAUGCAGACGAUGGAGAAGCGAGGCGAAUGGGAUUGGGCGAAAAGUAGUGACUGGUCAGGGUCUUUACUUGGCCAGUUUAGUGCCACGAAACCCGAGGUGUGGUCCAUCUGGCCCUGGGACUUAUUGAAUUGGAUUUCGAAUCAAACAGAGCUUAUAGCAGGGACUUGGGCUCUCGGUAGUAUACUUGCUAUUCACAUGAAUGCUUCGGAUGGCCUAGGCUAUAAGAGUAACGCAGCCCUAAAGCUACAAAGUGCUUUACUAGAGGGCAACCGGGAAACAAUGUGGAAUAUCCAUAGUCGGGUCUUGGGCAACGUGUUGUACCUCAUGGGAGGUCAAAAGACGAACAAGGAUGAUAUUACGGAGAUUGCCAGCUUGAUCAAACGCGCACUGACAGCGCAUUGA